GGUUAUUUCUGGCCAGGAGGCAGAACUGUGGUCUGUGCGGCAGGCGCGCGGGGCCUGGCAGGCGCGGGCAGGCUCUUGGGCCAACGCCACCCACUCCAGAACGAACUGAGCCACCGUCCUCUCGCCAUGGGCUCCCGGCCGCGCGGGGCGCUGAGCCUACUGCUCCUGCUGCUAGCGCCGCCCAGCCGCCCAGCCGAGGGCUGCCCGGCGCCGUGUAGCUGCGCAGGGACACUAGUGGACUGCGGGCGCCGCGGGCUGACUCGGGCCUCGCUGCCAGCCGCCUUUCCUCUCGACACCACCGAACUGGUGCUGACUGGCAACAACCUGACAGCGCUGCCGCCGGGGCUUCUCGAUGCGCUGCCUGCGCUGCGCGCCGUGCACCUGGGCGCCAACCCCUGGCGCUGCGACUGUGCCCUGCUGCCGCUGAGAGCCUGGCUGGCCGGCCGCCCCGAGCGCGCACCGUACCGCGACCUGCGCUGCGUCGCGCCCCCAGCGCUGCGCGGCCGCCUGCUGCCCUACUUGGCCGAGGACGAGCUGCGCGCUACGUGCCCGGGGGGCAGCCUCUGCCGGGGGGCGCUGGCGGCUCAGCUUGCGCUGCUGGUCCUCGGGCUCCUACACGCGCUGCUGCUGGCGCUGCUGCUGUGUCGCCUGCGGAGGUUACGCGCCCGCGCGCGCGCCCGCGAAAUGCAUGCGUUAUCGCUGACAGCCCAGCUGUUGGCUGAACCCACCGCCGGAGCUAGCGCGUCCUAAGAAAGGAUUGGCUCUGAGCAAUGACGACCUGCAAAUUCUACAGGCCUCUGCUGGAGGAGCCCUCGCCUUAACCCGGACCCGCCUCAGCCUCUACCCCUGCCCAAUCUCCCAAACCCACCAGGCUCGGCAGGCCUGAAACCACGUCGAACCGAACUGCUGAAAGCACUACCAGAGUGAGAAGACCCCGUGUCUUCCUCCGUGCCUAGGGAGGUGGAGGGGCCCAUCUCGACCCUGAGACGUUUCCGACUCCCAACUCAGUGCGAAUAAACCUUUC